AUGUAAGAAAAAUAAUUGAGGUAAACAAUAGAAGACGAUGAUGAAGAACAACAUUAUUAUAUUUUAGAAAAUUAAGAUAAACAAAAAAGUAAAAUUUAAGAUGAAAAAUUUGAUUAAAUAGAUGAGUAAGAUUAUGAAGGAAUGUAAGCUAAAAUGAAUUUAGAAUUUUUCAUUCCUCAUAUUGAUAUGAAUUAAAAUUAAUGUAAUUAUUUUCAUCUUUAUUUAUAGAAAAAUGUGUAACAUAAUUAACAAGAUCAUCUGGUACAUGGUCAACUGGUAUUAAAUAAACUGAGAAAUCUAUUUAAAAUGCUUAUGUCUCACUUAUUAAAAAUGCUUAACAUUUUAUUUAUAUUGAAAAUCAAUUCUUUAUUAGUAAUACAGCUGGAAAUCCUGUUAAAAAUUUAGUGGCUAAUGCUCUAAUAUCUAGAAUUAAAGAAGCACAUGAAAAGUAAUAGAGAUUUAAAGUUAUUGUCUUUGUUCCAUUAUUACCAGGUUUUGAAGGUGAAAUUGAUUAAUCCAAUUCUGCUGUUCUUAAAGUUUAAUUACAUUUUGAAUAUCAAACCAUAAGUAGAGGAGGCAAAUCUAUAAUAGAAACCUUAAAAUAAGAUGGAAUCAAACCAGAAAAUUACAUUUAAUUCUUCGGUCUUAGGUAACAUGAAUUAUCUCCAGAACCAAAUUCAAUACCUGUGACUGAAAUUAUUUAUAUUCAUUCAAAAUUAAUCAUAGUUGAUGAUGAAAUUGCAUUAAUAGGAUCUGCAAAUAUCAAUGAUAGAAGUUUAUUAGGAAAUAGAGAUUCAGAACUUGCAAUUAUUGUUUAAGAUUAAAUUAAAGUUGAUUCUAUAAUGAAUGGUAUACCAUAUAAAGCAUCUAAAUUUGCACAUACUCUUCGUACUGCACUUUAUAUGGAACAUUUUAAUAUGAAAUAUGAAGAAGUCAUUGAUCCCUUGAGUUUAUAAUUUGAAAAGGAAUCAACUGCAUAAGCUAACAUUAAUACAAGAAUUUAUAAAUAAAUUUUUGCUUGUUAUCCUCAUGAUGAUAUUAAGAAAGUAUCUGAUUAUGAAGAAGUAUUCAAUUAUAUAAAUUAUUUUAGUUUAAAGCAAACAAACAUUUAGAUGAAUACGAUAAAUUAAAGUAGUUUAUUAAAGGUCAUGCAGUAACUUUCCCAUUAUAUUUUUUAUGUGAAGAAAAUUUAAAUAUUAAAGUUACAUAAAAAGAAUACUUAGCCCCUGAAAUAAGUUUCACAUGA